AUGGAUUGGCUUCAGCUCCAUCCUCUAUCACUUUAUCAAGGGGCUGCAUUCCCUUUUGCACUCCUGUUUAAUUAUCUCUGCUCCAUGGAUUCAUUUUCCAUUCAUGCCAGAUACCUCUUUCUCCUGACUGGAGGGCAUCUCCUGGCCUUGGCUGCCAUGGGUUCUUAUGCUGUGCUUGUCUUCAUCCCUGCUCUCUGUGCUGUGGUUCUGAUCUACACUCUCAGCCCACAGGAAGUCCAUAGGUGCACUUUCUUCUUUCAGAUGAGCUGGCAGACUCUGUGUCACCUGGGUCUGCACUACACAGAGUAUUAUCUUCAAGAAGCUCCUUCCAUGAGGUUCUGCAUCACUCUUUCUUCCCUCAUGCUCUUGACCCAGAGGGUCACAUCCCUCUCUCUGGACAUUUGUGAGAGGAAAGUGGAGGCAGUAUCAAGAGACAUCAGGAUCAAGAGCUCUCUGUCUCAGCAGCUUCACGAGGCAUUGCCCUAUUUCAGCUACUUGCUCUUUUUCCCUGCCCUCUUGGGAGGCCCUCUGUGUUCCUUCAAAAGGUUUCAGGCUCAUGUUCAAGGAUCCAGCUCUUUGCAUCCCAGGUACUCUUUCUGGUCUCUGACCUGGAGGGCUCUUCAGAUUCUGGGACUAGAGUGCCUGAAAGUGGCCCUGAGGAGGGUGGUCAGUGCAGGAGCAGGACUGAGGAACUGUCAGCAACUCGAGUGCAUCUAUGUCAUGUGGUCCACAGCCGGCCUUUUCAAACUCACCUACUACUCCCACUGGCUCCUGGAUGACUCCCUCCUCCAUGCAGCUGGCUUUGGGUCUGAGUUGGGUCAGAGCCCUGGUGAGGAAGGAUACAUCCCUGAUGCAGACAUUUGGACCCUGGAGACAACCCACAGGAUAUCCUUGUUUACCAGAAAGUGGAACCAAAGCACAGCUCGCUGGCUUAGACGGCUUAUAUUCCAACAUGGCAGGGCCUGGCCACUGUUGCAGACAUUUGCCUUCUCUGCCUGGUGGCAUGGCCUCCAUCCAGGACAGGUGUUUGGUUUCUUCUGCUGGGCCAUGAUGGUGGAAGCUGACUACCUGAUUCAUACUUUUGCCAAUCUGUUUAUCAGGACCUGGCCUGUGAGGCUGCUCUACAGAACUCUCACCUGGGCCCACACCCAGCUCAUCAUUGCCUAUAUCAUGGUGGCUGUGGAGGUACGGAGCCUCUCCUCUCUCUGGUUGCUGUGUAAUUCUUAUAAUAGUGUCUUUCCCAUGGUGUACUGUGUUUUGCUUUUUCUAUUAGCAAGAAGAAAGCACAAAUUCAACUGA